AUGUUUAGAAUUUUCAGACUCAUAAUUAUCGUACUUUCCAUAGCUACUACAGUUUUGUCAAUAUUUGCGUUAGUUGGUUCCUACAAGAAUGAAGCGUAUUUGACCAAGAUAUAUUUAUUAGAUUUCCAUCUUACUGACUUAGAUGUAUCGAAGCUUAUAGAUUUCAAUGGAUUCUCCAAGAGAGAUACAAUACAGCCAGAUAAGACCUUAACAGAGAAAGACCUUGCUAGCAGUAUAUCGGAUAUCCUGUCGACUAUUAGUGAUAUCGUGAGCUCGAUAACUUAUAAAGAUAUGGGCUUGUCACAAGUGUAUUCGAUUAGUUUGUGGGGUUACUGUAAGGGAGAAGUCAAAGGCAGUUCUGACACGGAAAAGGGCUUUGAUAAUUCGAAUAUCAAUUUUACGUGGUGUUCUGAUCCUAAACCUGCCUUUUACUUCGAUCCGCUAAAAAUUAUCAAGCACGAAUUGAAUAAUACUAUUAAUGACAAAGUCACGGGUGCUACGGGUAAUACUGAAAUUUCAUCUGACAUUAGAACCGUAUUGGAAGAAAUUGUCAAUAAUAUUACAUAUGAAACUUUGAAUUUGCCAGGUAACUUAAACAAGCAACUUACACUCUUGAAUAAUUUGACCAAGGCUGCAUUUGCAUUGAUAUUAAUUAUGGCUGUUUUGUCAGCCGUAGGUGUAUUUAUUCAAUUUAUUGGAUGUUGCGUGGACCCAAGCAAUUGCUGUCUCUCAUGUAUCAACUUCCUCUUUCAAACAUUGAUAUUUCUCACUGGUAUCAUUGGGGCAGGAAUAGCAACCGGUGCUUACAUAUAUGUGAAGCAACAAAUUAAUGAUAAUACAGGGGACCUUGGUAUUAAGUCAUUCUUAUCGAUUGCAUUCUAUGCAUUGAUAUGGUCCGCAGUUGUUGCAGCCUUGUUAGUACUUAUUUUCUCGUUAAUCGGACACUGCUGUGGCUGUUUAACUGGUGACAGAAAGAAAUACAAGCCACUUGACGCUCCUGCUGUACCUGAAAAAGAUGGCUACGAAAUGGGAUAUAAUCACCAUCAAAACUUUUAG